AUGCCUUACACGCUCACAUUGCUUCUCUGCCUGCUUGGCUUCAGUCUUACGCAGGCGUGGAUCUCAACCGGACACCAUGAUGAUGAUCCGGAGGAAGUCUUCUCUGCACGCUGGCAUCUGGCCUACGAGAGCUGGCAGCGAAAAUGCAAGAAAUACGAGCUGCCAGAGCAACACCUAGAAGUAAGCCCUCGCAUAGCACGGGGCGAACUGGCCGAGCCGGGAAUGUUUCCCUAUCAAGCUGCAUUGCUUUUGCAUCGGCGUCAAGGAUAUGCCACGCAAUGUGGUGGAUCCCUCAUUAGUCUAAACUACGUUCUGACUGCAGCGCAUUGCCUGAAUGAUGCCGAAAGUGGUCAGAUUUAUCUAGGCAGCAAUAGCUAUGCAGACGCUGAAACAGCAACCCAAAUUUUUCAGGUGCAUAUAUGGAAUUUUAAUGUAUUUCCGGGCUAUCUAGGCUUUGCGGGCUAUCAUGAUUUGGCCCUAAUACAUCUGCCCCACUCGGCCACGCCCAGCACGACGGUGGAGCCCAUUCCUCUGGCGCUCGAUUUUAUGCAGCAAUCGCUGCUGCAGGGACAACUGGUCAGCAGCUCCGGCUGGGGUGCUCUGGGAGAUGGCACGAAUGGUACUCAAUCCCCAGAGGCCAAUCUCCUACACUAUGUGGAUGUUCCCGUGCUAGAGCAAGAGAGGUGCAUUUGCUACUUUCUACCUGGCUUAGUUAGCGUGCAACGUCACAUUUGCAGCGAUGGGCGAGAGGGACGUGGCAGUUGCCAGGGCGACUCCGGUGGUCCGCUGGUCUAUCGUUGGCACAAUGUCAGCUAUUUGAUUGGAGUAACCUCAUUCGGCAGCACCAAUGGCUGUGAGCAGGGCUCGCCAACUGUAUACACGCGCAUUACAGCCUAUUUGGAAUGGAUUCUGGGCGAGACGGACCUGCAAAGCAUUGAGUAGGAGAAGACGCA